AUGGGUGUAGCACUCCCCGAACUGCAGUUCACCCCUCUGGAGGAAAUCCCCUCAACCGUCUCAACUGCCCGCAAGGCGUUCCUUGAGCACAGAACCCGCGAUGUCGAGUUCCGUCUCGUGCAGCUGCGCAAGCUCUACUGGGCUAUCAAGGACAACGAAGAAGAGAUCGCCGAAGCUUGCACCCUGGACUUGCACAAGCCUCGCUUUGAGACCGAGCUUGCGGAGACAGGAUGGAUGCUGAAUGAUAUUGUUUUCACCUGUCGCAACCUGCACAAGUGGGUUCAGGAUGAGAAGGCCGCGGAUAUCGACCUGAAUUUCAAGUUAAUGAACCCUAAGAUCCGAAAGGACCCCUUGGGUUGUGUGUUGGUGAUUGGACCCUUCAACUUCCCCUUCCAAUUGACUCUUGGUCCGGUUAUCGGCGCUAUAGCUGCUGGUAACACCGUCGUUCUCAAGCCCAGUGAGAGCGCGCCCCGCUGCGCCGCCGUGAUCCAGAAGCUUGUCGAGUCUAGCCUCGACCCCUCAUGCUACCGCGUUGUCCAAGGUGGCAUCGCCGAAACACAGGCCCUGUUGGCCGAGAAGUGGGAUAAGAUCUUCUUCACUGGUAGCACCAAUGUCGGUCGUAUCAUCGCCAAGGCAGCCGCGCCAAAUUUGACCCCCGUUGUGCUCGAGCUGGGCGGUAUCAAUCCUGCUUUCGUCACCAAAUCCGCCGACCCGAGAUUGGUCGCGCGCCGUAUGCUUUGGGGCAAGCUCGUGAAUGCUGGUCAGAUCUGUACCUCCCAGAACUAUCUGCUCGUGGACAAGACGAUGGUGGACCGGGUCGUAGAGGAAUUCAAGAAGGCGUACAAGGAGUUCUACCCCAACGGUGCUAAGGGGUCUCCUGAUUUCUCUCACAUUAUCAAUGAGGCCUCCUUCCGCCGCCUGAAGUCUAUGCUUGAUAACAGCAAGGGCAAGAUUCUAAUGGGUGGUACUAUGGACGAGAAGGAGCUCUUCAUUGACUUGACUGUUGUCCAGGUGGACUCAGUUGAGGAUUCUAUGUGCACCCAGGAGAGCUUCGGCCCCUUCCUUACUAUUCUGCCUGUUGACAACCUGGAUGAAGCCAUCAGCUUGGCCAACGGUGUUUCGAGCACUCCUCUGGGUAUCUACCCCUUCGGUUCCAAGGCUGAAGUCGAGAAAAUUAUCUCCUCUACCCGUUCAGGUGGUGUUGCCGUCAAUGACGCUGCCUUGCACGUCCCCACCCUUCAAUUCGGAGGUGUCGGCGACAGUGGCACUGGCGCAUACCGUGGUCGUGCCAGCUUCGACGUCUGGGUUCACCGCCGCACCAUCACCACCAGCCCCGGCUGGAUCGAAUCCAUCCUUGCUAUCCGCUACCCGCCAUACGCGGGCAAAAUUAAGAUCUUCCAGGCCGCUAGUGCAUUGGUGCCCGACUUUGAUCGCAACGGUCAAAAGCUGACCUUCGGCUGGUUACGCUACUUCCUGACUCUGGGUGGUGGUAGUGCCACAGCUGGUGCAGGUCGUGCUGCUGCUGUUGCUGCCAGUGAGUAA